AUGAAGGAAAGCCAAGAAGAGGAAAAUAGAAAGAAACAUGAUGAAGAGGAAAAGUCAAGAAAGGAGGAGGCAAAGAAGGAAGAAAAAGGAGAGGAAAAAGAAGAAGAAGAUGAAGAGGAAGAACAAGACGAGGACGAGAAAGAGGAAACUGACUCUAAACUUAAAUACGAAUCUCAGUGGUUGAUGGCGAAAGCCGAAAAUCCCGUAUCAAUGGUUGACCAAUACCAGCUCAAACCGAGCGUCGAAGACGGAGCAAGGGUCAAGAUGGAGAAGUUCUCUUUCCCCAAAUCAAGAUCCUCAAGUGGCACCAAUGAUGAGGUGAACAUGAAGAAAAACAAAAAGAACAGACUUGCACGUUUUUUCCAGUCAUUGUGCAAGAUGUGGUGUCUGAGAUCUUCAGAAGAUUGUGAAAAUGACAUCACUGUUGAGGAAUUAAUGAGGAGGAGGAGGAUGGAGGAAGAGGUGACCAUGAAAAAUGACAUUAUGGAGAAAAGGAAAGAGAAGAUGAAGGUGGAGGUGGAAAAGGAGAUGAUGGUGGUGGAGAAAGAGAACGUGAUGGUGGAGGAGGAAAAUGAGAUGGAGGUGGUGGAGGAAGAGAACUUGAUGGUGGAGGAGGAAAAUGAGAUGGAGGUGGUGGAGGAAGAGAACGUGAUGGUGGAGGAGGAAAAUGAGAUGGAGGUGGUGGAGGAAGAGAACGUGAUGGUGGAGGAGGAAAAUGAGAUGGAGGUGGUGGAGGAAGAGAACGUGAUGGUGGAGGAGGAAAAUGAGAUGGAGGUGGUGGAGGAAGAAGAAAACUUGAAGGUGGAGGAGGACAAGAACGUAAAGGUGGAGGAAGAGAACGUGAAGGUGGAGGAGGAAAACAAAAAGGACGUUGAUGAAAUAAAUGAGGGUGAAAAGAAGGAAGAGGAGGUGAAGAAAAAGAGGAGGAGAAGGAGGAGGCCAAGGAUAAGUUGUACACAAGAGGACACUAUAAAGGAGGAGGUGGAGAUGAAAGUGACGGAGGAGGAGAGGAUAAAAGAGGCAGAGGAGGAAGAGAAAACGGACAAUGAGGUGAGAAAGGAAGCUGAGAAGGAGGAGGAGGAAGUGAAGAAGAAGAGGAGGAGGAGAAGAAGGCCAAGGAAAAUUGGUACACAAGAUAUAAAGGAGGAGGUGGAGAUGAAGGAGGCAGAGGGGGAAAACAAAAUGGACUCUGGUGUGACAAAGGAAGCUGAGAAGGAGGAGGAGGAAGUGAAGAAGAAGAAGAGAAGGAGGAGGAGGAAAAAGAAAAGUGACAGUGAUGAGAUAAAGGAGAGUACGAAAAUGGAGGAGCAGAUGAAGAAGAAGAAGAGGAGGAGGAGGAGAGUAAAGAAAACUGACACAAAAGACGAUAUCCAGAGCAGAGCUGAGGAACCUUUGGUGAAUGAGAAAAAAAGGGUGCUCUUUUAUUAUUUACAGAUUUGAAUUGC